AUGUUACGCCGAGACACUUCUGCCGGCCGACUGAAAGCGGGCAAGCCAACGGCCAGACAAUCGCUGAUUCACGCACAUCUCUUCCCAAUCGGGCAUUAUCCCAACUCCUUCCGAGGGAACCUCACAUUUUUCCAUCCGUCCGCGCCUUGCUGCCAUCGAAAUCGUCCUCGUCUCCACGACUCGAUUCGAGCUCGUCUACCAAUCGCCUGA